GCUUACCACGAACAGCUGUCUGUGGCCGAGAUUACAAACGCUUGCUUCGAGCCCAACAACCAGAUGGUGAAGUGUGAUCCACGUCAUGGAAAAUACAUGGCAUGUUGCCUGCUGUACCGUGGAGACGUUGUUCCCAAGGAUGUCAACUCUGCCAUUGCUGCCAUCAAGACGAAGAGGCAGAUUCAGUUCGUGGACUGGUGCCCUACUGGCUUCAAGGUGGGCAUCAACUACCAGGCUCCCACGGUGAUCCCCAACGGCGACAUGGCUCCCACACAGCGCGCCGUGUGCAUGAUCUCCAACACGACCGCCAUCGCCGAGGCUUGGGCCAGACUCAACCACAAGUUCGAUCUCAUGUAUUCCAAGCGCGCCUUUGUUCACUGGUACGUUGGAGAGGGUAUGGAAGAGGGUGAGUUCGCAGAGGCUCGCGAGGACUUGGCUGCCCUCGAGCACGACUACGAAGAGGUGGCCCAGGAUUCGAACCAGGACGAGGACGAGGACAUCGAGUAUUAAGGAAGGGCGAGAAGAGACGGAGCGGCGGGAAUGUGAGGCCGUCGAGCGAGAUGGAGAGGGGAGAGACGGAAUGAGGGGGAAGAAGAAACGGAUAGAAAAGGAGACAGAUAAAAAAGAAGAGAUGGGAAGAGCUGGUGGACAUGAAAGACGAAGAAAGAGAGGGAUAACGACAAGGAGAAAGAGGGAAAAGAGAGAGAGAUAACAGCCUUUUAUUUGUUUGUUUAUGACUUGAACGCUAAAGUAUAAUAAGAGAGCUGGCUGGACUGCAGAUGGGACCAAAGAUUAGACAGUGAAAGGUGGAAGCCUAGUGCUCACUAAUUCAUAAGAUUAGUAGCAAUGUUAGUCAUGUUUGUUUUUGUUAAUUAUAUGAAUUGUUAAACGAAGGAAAACUUGAUCUGAAUACUUUAUGAACAGGGUAUAUGAUACGAAGCUUAUAGCCAAAGAAAUUCCAUAUUAAGAAAAUAUAAUAAUGGUGAAUACCAAAGACCAAACACAAUCCUUGAGAAAAGCAAAAGAGAGAUGCUAUUUCAGGAGAACAUUACAAGAGAAGACACAAAAAAGAUUAAACCAAACCCACAAGAGGUUAUCCCUUAAAAAAAAUCUUUUCCUAAUCUUUGUAAAGGUUUGUCUCAAGUGAAAUGGCAAUGUUAAUGCUCAAUGGAACAUGUUCAUCAUGAUGCUCACUGCUCCUUAGUGUUGAAUAGCCUUCCAUUUUAUUCAAUUACAAUAAACUGCUUUACGAAAAAAUACAUUUCAGCCUCGGCAUAGGAGGCAGUAUACUACUCUAUUCAUCUGCAAUGAAAAUAAUGUAAAACAGACAUUUUUUCACGGAACUCCUAAGAAAUUAUAAGCUUUAGUUAUGAUUAGUGGAUGUCACUUAUAUGUUUUGAUUCUAUACAAUGAAAAAAAAAAAUGAUAAAAAGACAAAAAAAUCGUUCCUCACUUUCCUUCGGCACAAGCAGCAACCUUCACACUGUGGCUUAAUGUUUACGAUAAGUGCCCGGCGGAACCCUAAGGGCGCCCGCCACGUGUUACUUACGGUAAGGACAUGUUUUCUACUCAUUUUGUAUAUUUCUUCAAUAAAAUAUAUAAGUUAUGAAGAA